AUAACAUAUCCGGCCAAGAGUUAUGAUGGCUACCAGAAAGGUUGACGUAAGGUUAAUCAAAAGAAAGAGGGAAGCAAAAAAGACAGUUGAUUCCCCACUGGCUAGGUACAAUAGUGCUGGCCAGCUAUCUUGUGUGGUAUGCGACAUAAACAUAAAGAACGAAUUUCUGUGGACCUCACAUGUCCUUGGUAAAAAGCACAAAGAGAACUUGGCAAACCUAAAAGGGAAAUCCAAAGCAAACUUAUCAGUUACAGAGGUGCAAAAGCCAGUUAAACAGGUUGAAACAAAUGAUGAAGCUCCAAAUAAAAAAAUUAAAGUUGAUUACAGGAUUGACACAAACAGCUAUACAGACAGUUUAGAAGAAAAAAAGGAUGAGACUUCCACAGAUAACCAAUCACAUUUGCCUUCAGACUUCUUUGAUCAUGGAAUCAAGUCUGGAAUGCAAGAGAAUAUUCCCAGAGGAGAUUCUACAGAAGGCAUUCCAGAAGGAUUUUUUGAUGACCCAAAACUAGAUGCAAAGGUCCGUAAAGUAGAGUACAAAGAUCAGGCUGAGGAGCAAUGGGAAAAGUUCCAGAAAGAAAUGCAAGUAGAAAACCAGGUGUCACAGUCCAUUGUUGAAGGAGAAGAUGAGGAGUCCAGAGUUAAUAGGGAAUUAUCAGAACUCAGUGAACAGAGAGUCUACUUUCUAAGAGCUGAUGCCUUACGCGACAGACAGAGUGCUUUAAAGGAAAAGUCCUCCAAACUAAACAGUCUUCAGCCACAACCACACGAACAAACUGACAGCAAUAGUGAUGAUAGCGAUUUUGAUGAAUUUCUUGACUGGAGAGCAAAGAAAGUCUCCUGAUGAACUGCUGAUUCACUCUGCUCUAGGUGUUGCAAUGCAUCUAGAUACGCAACUUUCCCUUGUUGCCUUGAUAUAUUUGUACUGGCAUGGUCUUUGCCUGAAAUGAUUAAUAUUAAGAUAGCAAAGCUGAAGAAUCAAGUUUUCAAGACAGAGGAAAAACUUACAUGUCAAGGAAGGGGCCUAGGAAAGGAACACCUGAGCAGGAGCAGUGGUAUCAGUUCCUUUAUAAAAAGAAUUUUACUCUUAUUUCAUUUCUUGGUCUAAGAAACAGAGUGUUCUGAAUUGAGGCAUUUUGGAACCCUGGAUCCACCGAUAGCAUUCGCAGAAUAUAUAAAAAUAGAUAUUGACUGCAGAAUACGGACUGGGGUGUUUUUGUGGAAUUUGCUCUCCGCACACGCUGGUUCAACAAACGAGGACUGUAUACUCUCUUUUAAGUUGGCUUUUAUUCUUCAGCUCACAACAUUCACGUUCUGCCCUAUGAUCUAACUCACUUACUGUAGGAUCACAAGUGCCACUUUUAUUGGCUACAGAUAUCCACACCCAGAUACGUAGGUCAGGUGUGGUCGGAUAGGGCUUAGUUGUCUACAUAAUUUCCUAAUCGGUUGAUCCCAGUUGCAUGGGUCUGUUAGACAAAUCUUAUUAUCGUUAAUCUUAACACGUACGCGAUUUCACUAGCAAUUAUCUAGUUAAUUACAUCAUUGUUUGUCGAUCCUUCUACGCAUUCUUUGUCAAUAUUUCCAGUUACAUUCUACCGGUUACAUUCUACCGUUCCCUAUUAGAGGUAAAGAACCAAUAACUCACUUAGUGCACCGCUAAUCAUGCAAAAUAUAACAAAACAAGCAAAAUCCUAAUAAUGGGUGUAAAAGUUCUAUAACAGGUGUAAAACAUGGGCUGCAUACUUCAGACCAGGUUCUAAAUAAGGACUGAAGUGAGGGUUCUCAACAUAAAGACUGUAGCAAAUCAAACAAAGAAGAACAAGAAUACGAAGCACAAACAUUCUUAUGUGGCAAAGUAACAAAGAUUUCUGGUGGACUGACUUAACCAAUUUGAACCCAGUAAAUUAUAUUCUUAGAGGAAGAUAGAUGACUUGAGUGACUCGAUCACAUUGUUGGCUUAUGAGUCUAAUAAAAGUUAGUUAGUCAUUGA